UGUCUCUGUCUCUCUCUCUCCAAACAGGAAGUGGACCCUCUGAACAAGACUCUGAGCUUCCAGGAGGCGGAGGAGUUGAAGCUCAGAGAUUGGUUGGAAGUGAGGAGAGGGUGGAGCCAGAGGACUCCUCAGACUCUGCUGGAUGCAUUUGCCGACAUGGACGUCAAUUCUGUCUACACCGCCGAAGUCGGGGGUGAACAAGUUGACGAGGCAGCAGGUCGCAGGCAGUGGGUCAACGACCCCCCAAACACCCUGCUGAACGCGCUUGCGCAGGCUGAACUCACAUCAUCAACCCUGGAUUCAGAGGCCGCAGAGGCAGAGAAGGACAGAGCAGAAGAGGAAGAGGGGGAAGAAGAAGAAGACUCUGAUGUGGAGAUGGAUGAAGAGCAUCUGGAGCCGAGAUCAGACGAUGACGACACGAACUUUGAGGAGUCGGAGGACGAGCUGAGAGACGCGGUGGCCAACUCCAUGAACAACCUGUUUGUAAUGGAGGACGAGAGCUCGGAAGAGGCAGAGCGCAUGGCGGAGAGAGCGGCGGCGGCAAGUGACGGGACGGAGGAGAACGAGGGCGGAUGUGCAGCAGUCUGCUACACCUCAACAGAUCCAACAACAGGAGGUGGAGGUUUCCUCUCAGUCUAAAGAACGAGACGCUCAGAUCAAGAGUUCAGUAAAGUCCAACUGAUGUUUCCAUCCACUCCCGUUGUUAGGCUCAGUGUUGUAGUCACGUCACCAACUGUCAAGAGUCAAGUCUCGAGUCCCCAGUGUUUUAGUCCGAGUCUCAAACAAUAGUCCGAGUCGACUUACCAUUACCUAACUUUGAGUCAGACUCGAGUCACAAGUCUAGACAAUAACGACUUGAGUGUGUGUGUGUGUGUGAGUGAGAGAGAGCGUGAGUGAGUGAGUGUGUGUGUGUGUGAGUGUGUG